AUGUCGUCCGCAGGUAGAAACGAUCUACCGGGUGGAACUGGGGAAACUAGGACCGGGGGAGGUGAAUUCGGGGAAGGGGGGUCUGGGGAAAGCGGGUCGCAGCAGGGGGAAGGGAGCGCGCGCGCAGGGUCGGCGGAAGCGCAGGGGGAAGGGAGUGCGCCGUCGCGCCAGGCGGAAGCGCAGGCUGAAGGGAAUCCGCCGGCAGAGCAGCAGGGGGAAGGGAGCGGGAAUUCCGAGGGGCAGGCGGAGCAGAAGGGGGAGGGGGGCGGGCGGAAGAAGCCGGUGGUUGUGAUUCUCUGCGUGCCCCUGAUCAUCAGGCAGUGGGAAAACGACUCUUAUGCAGCGGCUGUACGCACACGUGCGCGGCAGCAGCACCGCUCACUACCUCAUCAACCUCCUCCCUGCUGUGCCCUCCGCAGUGGCAAAACGACUCUCAUCCAUCGGCUGUACGCGCACAUGCACGGCAGCAAGAUAGCCCACUACCUCAUCAACCUCCACCCUGCUGUGCCCUCCAUGCCCUCAGUUCCCCCAUCUGCCCUCCGUUGCCCCCAACCCGCAACAGGCAGUGGCAAAACCACCUUGAUGCAGCGGCUAUACGCACACAUGCACGGCAGCAAAAUCGCCCACUACCUCAUCAACCUAGACCCGGCUGUGCCCUCCGUGCCCUACCUCGCCAACAUUGACAUUCGGGACACGGUGAACUACAAGAACGUGAUGAAGGAGUAUGGGCUCGGACCCAACGGCGCGAUUCUCACCUCAUUGAAUCUCUUCACGACCAAGAUUGACGAGGUUAUCACACUCGUGGAGCGCCGAGCCGACACGCUCGACUACGUUUUCAUCGACACGCCCGGGCAGAUCGAAAUUUUCACCUGGUCAGCUUCCGGAGCAAUCAUUACCGAAGCCUUCGCCUCCACGUUUCCCACGGCCGUUUGUUUUGUAGUGGAUACACCCCGGGCGGCAAAUCCCGGCACCUUUAUAAGCAGCAUGCUGUACGCGUGUGGGAUUCUGUACAAGACGCGGUUACCGCUGCUGCUGGCGUUUAACAAGACUGACGUCGCACGGCACGACUUUGCAGUUGAGUGGAUGCGGGACUUUGAGGCGUUUCAAGCAGCAGUGGAUCGAGACCCUUCCUACGCCGCCUCGCUCUCCCGCUCCCUCUGCCUCGCUCUCGAUGAGUUUUACUCCAACCUGCACGCUGUGGGAGUCUCAGCUGUCACAGGAGGGGGAAUAAACGAGUUUUUCACUGCUGUCGAGGCAGCCAGAAAAGAGUACAUGGAAGGCUACAGGGUUGACUUGGAGAAGAUGAGAGCGGAGAAGGAGAAAAAAGAGGCGGAGAGACAAAGUGCGGAGAUGGCCCGGUUCCGUGCGGACUCUGCGGGAGAGAGUGAUGCAUUGGUUAGACGAACUGGGAAGAUGACAUUGGACGAUGAUGGAGAAGGGAUAGAGGAAGAUGAGGAGGAUUUGAUUGAGGAGGAAAUGGAGGAGGAUAUGGAAGACGAGGACGAUGACCUGUAA